UGUACUUGAACUUGAAAGGACAAGAAUGAAUGAGCUUACUGUUAGGAGAGUUGACUUGGCUUGACUUGGUCUAUAUAAUUUAUACCACCGGCUCACGUACCUAUCGAGUUGCAGGUGUGACAAUCAGCGGCAUUCAUUGCCUUGCUUAUGUGCUGCUCGACUCCUCCUCAUCGCUCCUCUUCUCGCUGCUAUUGGCUCAGCUGCCCGUGUUCACGUCUGCCUCUCCGGUGCCACAGCGGCGGCCCAAUGACUUGGAUAAACUGUCCAAUCAGACCAAAAAUCUAAUGAAACUCACCACAGAACUGCUGAAGGAGCAUGCAUUUGACUCAGAAGUGGAGCCCCACAGGUUCAAGUCUCUGCCAGAAAUGAGCAACAGAUCAGCCCAUGACCUCAACAAUCUUGAGCUGAAGCCCACGCUCUCCCAGCUUCAUUCCGACCUGAAGCUGUACGAGCACCACUUUGAGUGGCUCAACAGAGUGUCGAAGAAGCACCACCACCCUGCAGUGCCCAAGCUGGUGGAGAUGAUCAGAGAGAUGAAAUCUCUCAUCACUCUGCUGCACCGUCAGAUGCUGAGAGUUGAAGCGCCAAGGCUCAGUCCGGCGACCCCCUCCCUCCCCCCUCAUCUCCCCUAUCAGUUUGAUGUCCUGCAGUCCACCAAUGAGCUUCUUCAACACUUCAAGCUCUUCUGUGACUGGGCGUACAGAGCCUUCCUCAGCCUUAAGCCCAAGGUCACCGCGGUCCAAUGAUGAUACAGAAAGUAAAAGGGGGCUGCAGAGCCAGUGAGAAUACAUGGACUUCCAUCCCCGUCAAAGGGGAAACAAGACCAUGUCAGUGUGCACUGUAGUUGACAGCAUCCCUAAAGAGGCCCAAAUAUCAACCUGUGUGUCAACAUGUGUGUUGAGGAAUGUGUAUUUCCAUCAGAGCCAUUGAGGAUGCACCACAAUGCAGCCAGUUACAACCAUCGAUUCCAGCUCAAGUUCCAGUUUAACUCCUAUGAUCAUGUCAAGAAACUCCAAACUUUCUCCUUAAGCCCUUUUUCAUGACCGUGUUAUUUAUGUAUUUAUUUAUUUAUUGAAUGUUAGUUAUUUAUUUAAUUUUUAUUUAUUUAUCUUAUUUCUGUACUAACGUGAACUCAUUUGCCCACAUUUCUGUAAUCUUUCUCUUUCUCUUGUGUCUCACUGAUCCUAGAAAAAACAUAAAAAAAACAAAAAACAAACACUGUAGCACUUCCUGAACUGAUAGCUCUGAUAAUGACAUUUGUAUAAAUCAGCUUAAUUUACUUUUACAUUUUUAUUUUUUCUUCAGAUGAUAAUUCUUCCAGUAGAUGUAGCAUGCAUUUGGGGCAGCCUAAGCCUUCACUAUCGCCUAUUUAUGGGGCCCUUAAAGUACACGUUUCAAAAGAUCAUAAUGUCAUCUCCAGCCAUGAUAAAACAUGCCACAUACCACAUUAAUGUAUCAAUUCCUUAUCAAAUUCAUUUUACUUUAUUUCUUCCAUGUUAGGAUGGUAUUUGAAGAAAAGCGAAUCCUUUCUUUCGUACCACAGUCACAUUUGUGUUUUCAGUGCCUGCUUCCCUUGUGUUCUGCACGAGGAGGCGUAGUUAACAUUGUGGUAAAGUCAUAUGAAUGUGCCCUGUUGCUAAGCACUGAUGAUCCUGAUUAGAUUCUUUGCACAAACUUGUCAGGAUUGGCCCUUCCUAAGAGUGGGAUGGCUGAUUUUGAACCUGUGCUUUGGUGUAGAAAAUUUUUUUUUGUUUGUUUGUUUUUUAGUUAAACACCCAAAGCCUUAAAAUACUAUGUAUUGUGACACUAUGUUCUGUACAGGUGUACAUAAAUGUACAAGAAUGUAAAUGGUUGUAUACAGUGCUUUUGUGUAUUAUGUUGUUUUCUACAAUAUACUGUAGAUGACCAAUUUUAUCACUAUAAUUUUUAUUCAUUCCUAUUCUAGUAUUUGUUACAGUAUUGACUAUUUAUUUAAGUAACUUGGUGGAACUAUUUAUUUUGUGCUGCAGUGGAGCAAGUCUCCUGUCCUUUUGUACUUUUAUACAGUUUUUAUUCUUAUUCGCUAUUAUUAUACCAUCACGUUUAAAUUAUUGUUGUAACAUCAAGAUGCCUCUUACACACACUGAUUGGCCUCAAUGUGAAAUAUGUGCCUUAGUGAAAUAAAAACUUCAGAAUGUG